CCAGCUCCUACAAAGCCGCCACCAUGUCUCUGACCAAGGCUGAGAGGACUAUCAUCUUGUCCAUGUGGAGCAAGAUCUCCACACAGGCUGACAGCAUCGGCACGGAGACCCUGGAGAGGCUCUUCGCAGGCUACCCGCAGACCAAGACUUAUUUCCCGCACUUUGACCUGCACCCGGGCUCCGCGCAGCUGCGCGCGCACGGUUCCAAAGUGGUGGCUGCCGUGGGCGACGCGGUCAAGAACAUCGACAACAUCUCGCUUGCGCUGUCCAAGCUGAGCGAGCUGCACGCCUACAUCCUGCGCGUGGAUCCCGUCAACUUCAAGCUCCUGUCUCACUGCCUGCUGGUGACCAUGGCCGCUCGCUUCCCCGCCGACUUCACGGCCGAGGCCCACGCCGCCUGGGACAAGUUCCUGUCCGUCGUGUCCUCCGUGCUGACCGAGAAAUACCGCUGAGUGAGGACCCCCAGACCCCGGACGACCCGCUGCAGCCACUCCCC